AUGGCACAAUCUAAAGGCGCUAGAGGGUCUAUUACAGAAGGGACUCAAAAGGAUAAGAAAGACAUCCAGAGUGUGCUGGACAAUUGGCACGAUGAUCUUCUUGAUGAUACCAACCGUAAACAGAGAACUCUACUUGGUCCAUUCAACACAAGAGAUAGAAAUAGCUCCUUCAACAAGGAUGGAUGGAGGCUUGACAGUCAAAGUAAUGGUCCUUUUGUGAAGUUCCCUAAAGAAGAUCCCGACACUAAGUACCAGAACUUUGCCAUCCAGUGGCAAAAGUCAGUCUAUUCAUGUGUGGUUGCUCCGCUCGGCCAAAGCCCCCGACCUGCACACGACCUUAUCAUAGAAGCAUUCAAUAAGAGCAUGGCGGAGUUAAAAGUUGCUGUUAUCAAGAGGAAGUCUGGAAACACUUGGGAGAUAGUGAUGGAAAAGUAAUCUCCU